AGCAUUUUAUUUUACUUGUAUCUGCGGGGACAACAUCAGUUUAAUUAAUGGAUCUGCCUUUGCCAGUUCAUAACCUAGGCCAUUGUUUUAUGCUAUACCAGGAAAUUGCUCUGAUCUUCCUGUUUUUCCUCCUUGGUCACCACUCCCAGUAGAGACUCGAGUUCCUGCUGGUUCUCUGUGUAACAGUUAGGUGAAAUUAUAGAUAUAACUGUUUCAUAUGCUGCUUCUAUAAUACUACAUAAUUACUGGUAGUGGACGCCUCAAGGGUUCCUUGCAUCAGUACUGUGUUUGCCUGGUCCCAGGCAUCUCUGAAGCACAAAGUGAUGGAUGAAUCUCACAAAAAAGAUCAAGCUUCUGACAAGUUACUGUUCAGAGAUGCUGGCAAUGGAGGUGCUCAAAGUGACCUGUUUCUAAAAUUGCAGGAAGUUAUUUCUUCUCUGGAAUCGUAUGCAUGGUCCUGGAGGAGUCCAUCUGGAAGCGGGUCUGUGGAUGAAAGCAACACCGCUUCAGGGGACACAACACCUUGCAGUUCUAUCUUGUCUUUUCCUCUCUUAGCAGGGUUAACUGAGGAGCUUCAGAGGGUGCUGCCACAUGAUGAGAAUUGGUUACAGUCUGAAAUCUCAAGAUAUCGACAGGAGAACACAGCCCUGAGGGCCAAACUGAGGGUCACAGAUACAGAGCUGGAUAACUCAAAGCUCACUCUUAUGGAAAUGAUGGAAGAGAAGGACACAUUGCAAAUAGAGAUAAGCAAGCUACAGGGCUAUCCACAGGAAGAUUCCUUUUUUUCUCCAUCCACCUCAGUGCCUUCAAGUCCUGAUUCGGCCGAAUCGUGCACUCCGACUACAGAAACCCCCCUUGCACUGAAUGACCCACUUUCCAGGAUGCAAGCUCCCAUUUCAACACUACAAAAUCUGAUCCAGUAUCUUCAGGACCUUUCUGGAAUGCAACCUUCAUUGCCAUGUGCACCUAAGGUUCAACCUAGCUACUUGGAAACAGAAAUGGAAUGGCUGAAAGGAAAACUUGAUUGCUUGAAGAGGCUAAAUGCCCAGCUCUGUGUGACUCUUGAAGAGUGUAAAAGUGACUCUGAAAAACUCAGCAUGCAUCUUGGAAGACUCGAGUCCACCUGCACUGCUUUUCGUCUUGCCCUUCAAUCUAGUGAGAAGUGUCUGAAGGCUUACAGUGUGAUGCUAGCUCUCACAGAAGCAAAAGGAGACAUCAUCCUAGGACAAAUGGCAGAAGGAGACCUUUUAAAAUCAGGAUGGAGUUUGCUACCCAAGGAUUUAGAGAUUAAAACCAAACUAUUCAUGAUGGAGGUGAAGAAAACAUUCAAGCAAGAUAGAACCAAACUGGAAGCAGACAAGGGAGACCCCAGAAGUCCAUCAUUGCCUAGAUUUUAUUCACCUUGGCUCAGUGAAGAAGAUGAGCAAAUGUUAAAAAGUUAUGUUCAGCACCUAAAACAAGAUGUUGCAUCUAUCAGUAUAAUGGAAAAUUUGCAGAUGGGGCAAGAUGUCCAUUCAGAAGUUGCUCAUCUUGCUGAUGUUAUCAAAACAAAGGCAGACAAUGCCAUUGAGGUAUCAUCAGAAACUUCUGCGAGCCGCCCUGACAAACCACUCAGAUCCCAUAUUGUACAGGAGCUGUUGGACACCAAAGAGGGUCUAGCUGAAGUCAAAGGAAGCAUUCAGUUGUUACAGACAGAAAAGCGAGCAUUAGAGCUGCAGAGCUUGUCUUAUCUGGAAGAGGAGAAAGCUUACAUGCUCAUUAGAGAUCAGCUGCAGCAAGAAUUGAGUGACUGGGCGGAGAAAUCAAAAGAAGAGGAUUGUGGGGGGAAGCAUCCAGUUUAUGGAAGAGCAGUGUCGGAUUAUUGUGAGCAGUCUAUUCCUCAUGCUAAUAUGCAGCGUCUAUUAGAGUCUUUAGCACGGAGCAGUGAAACAAGGGCUCGCGUGGAAGGUCUCAGCGAAGAAUUGGAUGAACUAACUUGUCGUGUUCAUGCUCAGAGGGCACAGUCUGCUAAGAUUAUUAUGGAUUUCUUCAAAGCCCACAGGAAUCUGUUCAUGACAUACCAGAAUGCCCAAAAAAAGUACCAUGAGCAGCAACGCAGACUGGAAUCUCAGGCACAUAUGAUGUCACAGUGUCAUAUUCAACAGCUACAUGAUCUGAUGCAAAAUAUCUUGAGUCUGCAGGCACAGCAAACUGCUAGAGAAACAGGCGAGACAUCCCUAUAAGCUGCAGCAUAUUUCCACCCAACAGCCUGCAAGGCGAAGGAUAUCCGGAACAUUUUUUCAUAUAUACCAGUAAAGUCAUUAUGACCAGUAAAGUCAUUAUGUAUUAUUUAAAAGAUAUACUGCACUAUCCCACUUAUUGUACAGCGCUGCGGAAUAUGUUGGCGCUUUAUAAAUAAAUGUUAAUGUAAUAUUGUCCAUAAUGGCCUGUUGCAACACCAGCUAUGAAUAUACCCCAAAGCUAGAGAGGCAUAAAAAGGUAUUUUUGCUCUACAUAUUUUAUGAUAGCUCAGUGUUUUCCAUUUUUUUGUUUGGUGGGCUAUGCAUCAAAUGCGCAAUAUGUCUGAGAGUCAGAUCAUAAUGCAAAUGCAUAGGUCAGAUGCCUAGCGACAAGGGUGACAGUGGUGAAAACCAAUUCCACACAAAAUUCUAAAAAAAAAAGAUUGUAUUUAUAUAAUUAAUAAACUGCAGGAAUAUGUUUUGGUGAAUUUAGAGAGUAAUCAUUUAUACUUUGAUAAAUAUGUCCCUAUAUGUAAAUAAGGAUAGGGUACUACUUUUUGUUGUCAUUUCCCCUUUACUAAAGGUUGCAUUAUGAAUUAAAUCCAGUAGGGGGACUCAAGAUUGUAAUUCUAAAGGUUGGAAAUAAAUGUAGAAUUUAAGUCAUGUUUUGCAGUGCUAUAAAUAUGCAAAUAGCAUGUGUAUUAAUGAUCCAAAAUAGAACCAUAGGCAAGGCAAAAGAAAAACAAGAUACAUAAUUAUUGUUAAAGCUGCAAAAAACAAUAAAACAAGACUGUAAGUUUUUGUGAG